CAGCUCUUUCUCUGACAGAAGAACCUGCUACAGCUGCUCUGCUGCAAAUUUGAAAAUGGAUCUGAAAAAAUUUGCCGCAGACUCACUUUGCUCCACUCCCAGCAUAGAUGAAUGUGUUGGGGGUCGCAGAACCAUGAACCGAAACUCACUCAGCACUGACCAGGAGCUGCGUCAAGGGGAGUACCUGAUGAGUCUGAAUGGUGAUUACAAAGCCAUUCUCCAGAACGAUGGCAACUUUGUGGUCUACAAAUGGACUCCCACCUGGGCGUCCGCUACAAACACCAAUGAUCCGCUCCGUCUCCUUUUGCAGCCAGAUAACAACCUGGUCAUUUACAACAACAAAGGACCAGUGUGGGCCAGCGGAACACACAGCAACAGCCAAAGCCAAAGAAUGCGCCUGACCAUGCAAAACGACGGUCGGCUGGUUCUUGACAAGGAUGGGAACGAAAUCUGGAGUGUUGAAGGAAACAAAUAAAGAGCUGAGAUGCUCAUUAACUGGC